AUCAAAAUCAAACAUUAUUUGGAUGCAAACAAAAUACCAAAGGAAAACUUACUGGCAUGUGCGGCAGACGGUGCACCUGCCAUGAUGGGCAAGAAUACGGGAUGCUUAAAAAUGAUGAAGGAUGAAAAUCCAAACAUGUUGACUGUCCAUUGUGUAAUACACCGAGAAAACUUGGUUGCCAAGAAAUUGUCCCCUGUUCUUAACAAGAUUCUUCAAAGUGUGAUCAAGUGUGUCAACAGCAUUAAAAGAAAUUCUAAAUCUGAACGUCUUUUUAAGCAGUUUUGUAUAAAUCAAAGUGCCGAACAUGUUCGAUUAUUGCUUCAUACAGAAGUAAGAUGGCUAUCAAGUGGAAACUGCUUAAAGAGGUUCAUGGAAUUAUUUGAUCAGAUUAACGACUUUCUUAGUGAUAAAUGUGAAAUGAAAUUGCUGUCAACAACGGAUGGAAAAGCAUUUGUCAGUUAUUUGACAGACAUAUUUGAGAAACUUGGAAACUUGAAUAAACAACUUCAAGGUGCAAACAUGACACUUAUUGAUGCAAAAGCAACGACUGAAAUUAACAAAGUUGUCUCCUCAAAUUAAAAACUUGUGCUGUAUGCAUCAGGCACAGGGUUCUCACUAAAUUAGUCGAGCUGACCGUCAAAUAAUUGAACUGAAAAAACGUGUUUCUUUAUUCUUUAUAAAUUGACAUUUUUUAAAAACAUGAGAAAUCGUAAUAAUUUUAUCGAUUUAUUGGGUGUUAUGCACUUUCAGUGCCUGUUGUUUCAAUUCUCAAACUAUUUUUUUGUAUUUUGAAUACAAUUUUUUAAUUUUUGAUUUUUUUUCAAUUGUAAGUAGGCCCACAUGUACUUGUAAAUGUGA